GCCAGCUUCAUUCGCAUGCCAGUGGGGAAUGAAGAGUUCGUUUACAUUGCAUGUCAAGGACCUCUCCCUACUACUGUAGCAGAUUUCUGGCAGAUGGUUUGGGAGCAAAACUGUACUGUGAUUGCCAUGAUGACUCAGGAAGUUGAAGGAGAAAAGAUAAAAUGCCAGCGUUACUGGCCAGAUGUGCUCAAUAAAACCACCAUGAUAAAUGAUAGAUUACGGCUUGCUCUUGUGAGACUCCAGCAGCUGAAGGGCUUUAUCAUUAGAGUGCUGGAGCUAGAAGAGAUUCAGACAGGUGAAGUACGGCACAUUUCCCAUCUGAACUUCAUUGCCUGGCCUGACCAUGACACUCCUUCUCAACCAGAUGACCUGCUUACUUUUAUAUCCUACAUGCGACAUGUCCACAAAUCGGGACCCAUCAUAACGCACUGUAGUGCAGGAAUUGGACGGUCGGGGACCCUUAUUUGUAUAGAUGUUGUUCUAGGGUUGAUCAGCAGAGACCUCGAGGUGAUUUGAUAUCUCAGACCUGGUGCGAACGAUGCGUCUGCAGAGACAUGGAAUGGU